UUACGGCCCUUUAACUCUAAGCGCCUCCUUUAAGGCCGCCGGCAGACCAUGCCCUCUCUAUGACGGUUACUUGUUAAGCUAACUCUGCAUGCCAGAAGACCGUCCUUGGUUGAUCCAAGGGCUUUCGGGGACUCCGGCCUCUCCCCAGUUUUUCUGUGCGUGUGUGUUCCUCUAGAACUUUCAAAACUGUUUCUCCAAAGGGUUUUGCAGAAACUUAGACUGUUUUCUAAAGCAGAAGCACCUCAGUCCACAGCAGUAGUGAUGGGCAGCGUGCGAACCAACCGCUACAGCAUCGUGUCUUCGGAAGAGGACGGCAUGAAGCUGGCAACCAUGGCCGUUGCCAACGGCUUUGGGAAUGGAAAGAGUAAGGUACAUACCAGACAGCAAUGCAGGAGCCGCUUUGUCAAAAAAGAUGGCCACUGCAACGUCCAGUUUAUUAACGUGGGUGAGAAGGGACAGCGAUACCUGGCAGACAUCUUCACCACUUGCGUGGACAUCCGCUGGAGGUGGAUGCUAGUUAUCUUCUGCCUGACUUUCAUCCUCUCCUGGCUUUUUUUUGGCUGUGUGUUUUGGUUGAUUGCGCUGUUGCACGGGGAUCUGGAGAAUCAAGAAAAUAACAAACCCUGUGUCUCUCAAGUGAGCAGCUUCACCGCAGCCUUUCUGUUCUCCAUUGAGACCCAGACCACGAUCGGCUAUGGCUUCAGGUGUGUCACAGAUGAGUGCCCCAUUGCAGUUUUCAUGGUGGUUUUCCAGUCUAUAGUAGGCUGCAUCAUUGAUGCCUUCAUCAUUGGUGCUGUCAUGGCAAAGAUGGCUAAGCCAAAAAAGAGAAAUGAAACUCUAGUCUUCAGCCACAAUGCCGUGGUGGCCAUGAGAGACGGGAAACUGUGCCUGAUGUGGCGUGUUGGGAACCUGAGGAAAAGCCACUUGGUGGAGGCACACGUGCGAGCACAGCUCCUCAAAUCCAGGAUCACAUCGGAAGGGGAGUACAUCCCUUUGGAUCAAAUAGACAUCAAUGUAGGGUUUGACAGCGGGAUAGACCGCAUAUUCCUGGUCUCCCCAAUUACAAUAGUACAUGAAAUAGAUGAAGACAGUCCUUUGUAUGACUUGAGCAAACAAGACAUGGACAAUGCUGACUUUGAAAUUGUGGUAAUAUUAGAGGGCAUGGUGGAAGCUACUGCCAUGACUACCCAGUGCCGUAGCUCAUAUCUGGCAAACGAAAUCCUCUGGGGCCAUCGCUACGAGCCCGUGCUCUUUGAAGAGAAAAACUACUACAAAGUGGACUACUCGAGGUUCCACAAAACAUACGAAGUGCCCAACACACCCAUCUGUAGUGCCAGAGACUUAGCAGAAAAGAAAUACAUCCUCUCUAACGCAAACUCCUUUUGCUAUGAGAACGAAGUGGCCCUCACCAGCAAAGAGGAGGACGAGAUUGACACUGGGGUGCCUGAGAGCAUGAGCACAGACACCCACCCGGACAUGGACCACCACAACCAAGCAGGGGUGCCUCUAGAGCCACGGCCGCUACGGCGGGAGUCGGAAAUAUGACUGACAAACUCUUCCUCUCUCUUUUGGUUGAAAGGAAAAAAAAAUAUAUCUAUUGGUCAAAGGCACGUUGACCUGAGAAGUUGGCCCAGAACAGUUUUCAGACAACGGUACUGUUGAAGAGUGGUGUGAAGGCAAGCAGACCUGAGAAACCCAGGCUGGUUUUAGGGCUGUCCUCAGAGGAGGGACGACAGAAAACGAACUCUAAACACAAAGCACUAAACAUGUCUAAGUAUGAACAGA